UGCAAUUGUUAGUGCUUAUUCACCCUAAGAUAUUUAUGCCUUACUUCGUUAAAAGAUGGGAACUUUACAGCCAGACAUUUUUGGCUAAAUUUUGAGGCAUUUUGAUAAAAAGAUUUUUUCUACAAAUUUUGUGCGGCCAGCGUGCUGUGGUUGUUCAGUUUUGGAGCUUCAGUUCCUCUGUAUUAGGGUCGGCCCAGGUUCCAAACAUCUCGUUUAAGCAGAUCCCAAUCCACGGUUUUCCUGUAAUUUUUUGUUGUUGGGUGGCUAUAACUGGAAUUGACCUUGUCAAAGCUCCAUUCUCGGAGUUCGUAGUUUUUGAAGUAAUCUGAAGAAGGAUUUGCAUUCACAGAGGCAUGGAAGAACCUUGAAAUUUUGGAAGGGUGAAAGUUUGCACCAUAUGUUUAGCUAUUCUCAGACCAAACUACUGAUUGCAGGUCUCGAAGGGAUUGGCAGUUUGAUUAAUUUAUGAAUGAAGUUGGGCUGUGGAAAGGGACUAGUGCUGGCGGAAAGUUUGGGAAAAGAAUUUUUUGAACUUAGGUGUUGAGAAGUGGGGGAAAAUUGAGUGGAAGAAGUGUGGUCUGUUGGCAAGAUGUUGGUGACGAAUUUCAAUCAGCAUUGAGAUCCGACCCGGGAUCAGAAUCCCUCCAGUGUGUGUGGAUGAAUUUUAUGGUAUAAAUACACACAUAAUUACUUUGGCUCUUUAACCCAAGUAGAGCUGUAAGCAGCAAUUUCCGAAAGAAAAAAGAAGUGGAGGGUAUAGGGGUGGAGUUCGAGAACGGGAAUGAAUUCAUGGCGCCUGUUAUGCCGUUGACGGCUCCUCCCACCUUCGAUGUACAUAACACAUUAUUGAGAGAGCAGGCUCUCGAUCCUAAUAAUUGUGCCCACAACAACAACAACAACAAAUACAACGACAACAACACUGAGAACGACAACAAUAACAGUACUAGGCAGCAGCAGCAGAAGGAGCUGCCUUGUCAAAAUGGUGAAAUAAAGCAGCAGCAGCAGAAGGAGCUGCCUUGUCAAAAUGGUGAAAUAAAGCAGCAGCAGCAGAAGGAGCUGCCUUGUCAAAAUGGUGAAAUAAAGCAGCAGCAGCCGCACAGCGAGCAGGAGGGUUUGAGCAGGACAGCAGCAGUGGCACCGGAACAAACUGUGCUGGAUGAGAGAGAUAAUGAGGACUUGAAUAGUAACCCGAUUUCAGUAAGACCAAGAACCAGGGCUUCUUUGGACAUUACAAUUGCGAAUCAUGAACUGAAUGUGAGACGGAAAGUAAGCUGGAGUGACACCCGUGGCAACAACCUGGUUCAAGUUUGGGAAUUUCAGCCCAGUGACUCGAGCGACUCAGAUGAUGAUGGUGAAGAUGAUUCACAGGCUUGUGCUUGUGUGAUUGUUUAGUUUGGGAACAUGUACCUGAUGUGGAAGUGACUCAUUAAUAUGAGAUGUGGUUGUGAAAGGGGACCAAUAAUAGGAACUAUUAUUGAAUCUUCGUAUUGAGAGAAUUGCCUGGAGAGCUAUCAGAGGUCCUGUUCUAUUCUUCUUGUAUAAGUAGCUUUUUCUAAAUUUCUGACGGAAUUGAAAUUUAGUUUUGACGGCCGAAGUUGAUAUGCAACUUAAGUAGCCCGCUUAUUUCCAUGGCCUUGAUUAUAUAUGUACAUAAAUUGUGUAUGCUUUGCUGCUGGGAACAUUGGGAUACUGAAUGCUUAACCAUUUGGAAAAAUAGAAGCAUACUAAAUAAUCGAGCUAUAUUGGCAUUGAUUCUUUUUAUAUUUGAAAAAGAAUUAUGUUAAUAAAUUAUGGUAUUUGGUCA